AUGAUCCUCCCAACCUCGUCGACUACUACUAUCCUCCUCCGCCUUCUGGUACUCUCAGCCUUGGCACAAACCCUCGUUGCACGACCCGUAGACCUUAUCAAACCGCGAUCAGAAGAAAGUAGCGGCUCUGCUUCGACUAAACUCAAUACCAAGUUGGACGAUGCUGUGAGCGGGUCUGCUGGGACGCUCGUGAGCGACGCGGCGUCGACGAACUUGAGCUUUAACCAUCCGAAUGGGUCGGGGUCUCAAGUGUCUCUUGCUGGUAGCGAGGGAAAUCAGGGUUCGAUAGGCCAGGCCACAGGUGAUGAACUUGGAAGUCCUGCGCAGGGGUCUAGCUCUGGACAGCAGGAUCCUUCGCACCAACCUCCAGACAAGAAACCUUCAAAGUUGAAAGAGUUCUUCGGUAAAGUGGCGAAGCCUGUCAAAGACUUUGCGGGCAAAUUGAAGGAUGUUAAGAAGCCGAAGGAGGACAAGGGAAAGAAGAGAGAAGACGAUCCCGGAGCAGGCAGCGGGGCUUCCAGGUCUGGUCAACAGCUGACUCGGAGCAAGUCAAGGAGUGCAUCUCAGAACGCUCAGGCUGGUCCGAAGACAGCUUCGACUCGGGCAGCCGCCAACACUCCUCGAGGCAAGAAGCGUGCGGUCACCGUGCCCAAAUCGAACUCUGCAGCGAAGGUAAAGACUUCACCUGCUCACCAGAAUCGUGCAGGGACACAGAAGCAGGUCAAGAAAUCUGUCGCAACACCAGGCGCAAAGCCUGUUACCAAGGCGAGAUCCCCGCCCGCUGCGCAAAGGAAGGCUGUCCAGGCACAUCGCGCUCCGCCAAAGAACGUCGGUGCUCAGCGAAGGAAGUAA